AUGAUUUUUAUGAACCAUUUAGUUGCCUAUGUGGCUUUAAUUUUUAUCAAUAUUGCGUUUUCUCUUGGAUCGGAAGACUGUUCUUUUAUUUCGAACUUUUUUAAAAGCAAAGAAAUAUUUGUCCUAAACGAAGCAGAUACGGUCGAGUUUCUUCCCUCCGAAUACAGUCACAUAGAUUCCGGCUGGGAUGAUGUGUGUGUCAAUACUACGAGUUGUGUUAUAUUCGGUAAUGAGGUUAGUUAUAAAAAUAAAAGAAUAAGAUCACUUUCUGACACCGAACUCGGUAUUACCGAUCAAGAUUUUACAAAGGCAAUUUAUAAAAGUUUUAUCAACAACGAAAUCUUACAUGAUGUAAUAAGUGUGUUUACCAAUCGAUAUGUCAUUAGAACACGCUCGACAAAGGUUUUAGUCUAUUCGAUACACUAUGGCAUUCAGUUCGAUAUCAUAAGUCCAAGCUGUACGAACUAUCUAAUCAAGUAUCAAAUUUCAAAAAUAAAAGGUUUUAUUUGCAAAAUCGGUUUCAUAUCCGGCGUGAGAUCUCAAAUUAAAUGUGACGAUGUAACAUUAUAUUUAAAUCCUAUUGACGAAAAUGGUAACAUUGAUUGUGAGACGAAAUGUCAAAAUUAA